UACACGCCAUCUUGGUAAUUGGCUUCCGAUAUUAAAGGAAGAGGUGUGGAUGUAGUUAAUAAAGUUGAAGGUGGACUUGUGAGUCAUCUUAUUUGUAUUAGCAUAAAGAGUAGUUGAAACUGGACGGUGAGACUCUGGUUUCACCGGACUUCUGCCAGCUCGUUAGUCUGGGAUAUCUGAUUUAACUUAAACAUAUAUUACUGGUAAAAAUAAAUUAUGUCAGGGGGACAAACAUUAAACGAUAGACUGACAGCGGCAAAACAUACAAUAACGGGUCAAGGACUUGCCCGGACAGUUUGUAAGGCAACGACCGAAGAAAUUAUUGGUCCGAAGAAAAAACACUUAGAUUAUCUGUUACACUGCACAAAUGAGCCAAACGUAUCCAUCCCAGAGUUGGCAGACCUGCUGAUAGCAAGAACACAAAACUCUUCAUGGGUUGUUGUUUUUAAAUCUCUGGUUACUGUUCAUCAUCUUAUGUGUUAUGGAAAUGAGCGAUUCACACAGUAUUUGGCCUCUAGCAACUGUACCUUUCAACUUAGUAAUUUCUUGGAUAAAAGUGGACUUCAAGGUUACGAUAUGUCUACUUUUAUCAGAAGAUAUGCAAGAUACCUCAAUGAAAAAGCCGUUUCUUACAGAACUGUAGCUUUUGAUUUUUGCAAAGUGAAACGAGGGAAAGAAGAUGGUAUGCUCAGAACUAUGAAUUCAGAAAGACUGUUGAAAACACUACCAAUACUUCAGAAUCAUCUUGACUCUCUUUUAGAAUUUGAUUGUAACUCUAGUGAUCUGACCAAUGGAGUGGUGAACUCUUGUUUCAUGCUUCUAUUUCGAGAUCUAAUAAGACUUUUUGCCUGUUACAAUGAUGGAAUUAUUAAUCUCUUAGAAAAAUUUUUUGACAUGAACAAAAAACAUUGUCGAGAUGCACUGGACGUAUACAAAAAGUUCCUUAUUCGAAUGGAUCGAGUAGCAGAAUUUCUUAAGGUGGCCGAAAAUGUUGGAGUGGACAAAGGUGAUAUUCCAGAUCUUACUAAGGCUCCUGGUAGUUUACUUGAAGCUUUGGAACAACAUUUAGCAGCACUGGAAGGGAAGAAAGGUGCUCCUUCAGUUUCUGCAACAACAGCAAGAGGCACUAAUAACUUGAAGAAUGCUGUGUCUGCUCUGUCCUCAACAAGUAAUGCUUUUGGAACAGUAGGCGGAACAGGAACUCAGGAAAUGAAUGGUUUGAAACCAGAGGCUAUUAAAAAAGCUCUAGAAGAGGAAGCUGCUUUCAUGAAUCAGCUGAAGAAAGGUGCUUCAGGUUUGUCGGACUCCACAAGUUUGAUGUCAGCGGAGCGUAGGAUGCAUGAACUUGAAAAACAAGGAAGUGGAAGUAGUGGCUCCCCAGACAACAUUUUCAGUAAAACAAACAUCCAGUACAGUGAACAAGCUUCACAAGCUAAGACUUCAGCAAGUUCCAAGGAUCAAGGAACUGUUGAUUUUUUGUCUUCAGACGUUUCUGAUACAAAAGGAGUUACAACAGAUGGUGCCAUCAAAGCCAGUGAUGAUCUUCUCUGUCUUAGCGGGAACCCCUUUGCAGAAAAUAUAUUGGGUGGUACUAAUCAUAUGAACCAGAAAUCAGUGUUCACCACUUUUGGAACAAAUAGUGUUGCCUACACUACAUCCUCCUCUGGAAACUUCAUCCCCGAUACUUCAUUUGCUGCUGCUUUUGGAAACAACCCAGCUGCUUCAUCUGGUCUUGAUGCCUUUGGUGAUGUGCUUCAGCCUCAGCAGUCUUCUGGUGCCAGAACAACAGGAGGAACGAUGGAUACUAAAAUCAACCAGAGUAGCAUAAUGAAAGGUGAUCUAGAUUCAAGUAUAGCCAGUCUGGCUCAGAACUUGGAUAUAUCUGGGAUGUGUUCACAGAAUAAAAAACAAGGAGGACAUCAGUGGAGUUCUUCAAAGAGUGAGAGCAAAGCAGGGGGAGGAGUUAACUGGACUCAACCUAUGCCGACGGCUGGUGUUGCUAUGGGUUGGACGUCACCUCAGCAUACUUACCAACAGACAAUGACAACACCUGGAGGUCAUUGGGGAACACCAGGGUUUAUGGCAGGACCAUAUUCCCAACAGACUCCAGUUCAACCUAUGAUGGUACCGCAGGCUUAUAUGUUAACGGGUAUGAGAGGACCCAUGGCCCCAGCUGGUAUGGGGAUGGGUGUAAGUGUAGGAAUGGGUAUUGGUGCUCCUCACCCUUUGCAGCAACCACCUAUGGGAAUGUACACCAGUAUGCAACCACAACAACCUGUUGUUUCACAAAUCAGUACUUCACAUACCCCUGCCUCUACUGUUAAUGAUCCAUUUGGUGCUUUGUGAACAAAAUUCAACUUUUGCCUAAAGAAUUGGGUAUAGACACAAAUCUUUAGUUGGAAACUAGAAGUUUACUGCUUGGUGAGAGAAGACUCGGAAACUCCAGAACUGUUGUUUCAUCACCUAGUAUUUCAUUAUUUUCUUAACAAGUUAAAUUUUGUUUUUUUCCAUGGAUUUUUUCAUUGCAUAUUACAGAUAAUACAAUAAAGAUGGUUACAACAGGAAAUCAACUUAUGUUACAAGAUUUUUAGAUAAAAAAAAAAUCCAUGAAGUUUAUGUGCAAGUGUUAAACUUGAUAAGAAUUGUCUCAAAUGAUAUUUGUAAAAGUGGCUUCUAGAACAAUACUAUUGAAAGCUUUAUCUCAGAUCUUACUUCACCUAAUUUACUAUUCUUUAAUAACAAGUUUGAGAAGCUUCAGGUAAAGUUAAAAAUAUUGUGCAUGUAUAUAUAAUUAUAUAUAUAUAUAUUAUUAUUAUCAUUAUUAUUGAAUAGACAUUGUGUUUGAUUUUGUCAUACUUAAAAAAUUACUCUUACCAUAUACAAUUUUCAGUAUUUUUUUUUUUUUGCUUGAUUAAUAAAGGAGCAUCAUAUUUUAAUAAAGCAAGAUACAUAUCAUAAUAUUUAAGAGUUGGUGGUUAAGGAAGCUGUCAUUAGAAGUGGAACUUUAGGUUUUAGGCUUUAAUUUGUUCUAGAAGUGGCUGUUAUAGUUAUGUUGGCUAAAGCAGUGAAAAAGAAGAUAGAAAACCUUUUUGUGAAGCUCAUUACUUUAUCUUUUGUAGAUCCAUUUGCAAAUAAACAAAAAUAGCUUGAUAGCAUUUUAUAGUACAGUCAUAGUGCAUUUAUAAUCUUUAUUGACAAACUAUACGACAGGUGCUUUGUUUUGUAGAAAACUGUUCAUUAGGUUUUGUAUUUACAAUGAGUAUAUCUUUUCCACAGCAGUUUUAAUCUUUCCUUACAUGGUACACUUUUAGAAAUAAAAAUUAGCUUUCAGGAUAGAGCAAGCGAGUGUAUGUUCAUCUGGGAAACUUGGAUUAUCUUAGCUUAUUAAUUAAGAUUUGGUAGCACUUGAAAUGUAGUUAUACUUCAAGCUCGUAAUUGCUUGUUUUUGUAACUGUUUAUUUUUAUAAGACUAUAAAAUAGAAUUCAUUCAUAAGACUUAUGGUGAAGUGUACAAAUUGGAAGAAUUGAUCAUAAUUUAUUGACAACACACAUUUGUUUCUGUUUUUGUGUUGGAAAUUUGAGAUAAAAAACUUUAAAAAUUAAAUCAGAACUUUUUAUCAGCAUUUCUAGUUUGGUUCAUGAUACUUUUCUGAAAUUUAUUUGUAUAACGUACAUUUCUGAUUGCAACUAAAUAAUCUCAUCCUGGCUGUAGUGUGGCAUCUCAUCAUAAUAUUAGUUUUGUUGCUGGUUAUAAUUCUAUUCCAUCAACUGAUUAUGUUGUUUAUCAUAAUAAAAAUACAUUUCCUAUCAAUCUGUUGUAUUAAAAUGAAUUUUUGAAAUACAAA